AGUUCACCAUUACGUUGACGAAAAACAUCACAGGGCCUGGUGUUCUAUCUAUCCCGUACUCGAUUUUGAGAAUGGGCAUUCCCGCCACUGUGUUCUUUUAUGUGAUUAUGGCUGUCAUCAAUGUGUGGUGUUCGACGUUGCUAAUAAAUGUUUCUGAGUAUUGCAAAACCAAUCCGUCUUCAUAUCCCUACAAGCAAAUCGGAAACGACUACGCCGUGAUUAUCUAUCAUGUACUCUCCUCUCCCCUCCCCUCAUCCCCUCAUCUAGAUCACCGGUCCGAACGGCUAUCUAAUCUUUCUGUUUCUCUACUUCAUCGCGAUCUGGGGAGUCCAAGUCGGCACCUUGGUAUCUACGUUUCUCCAUUUCUCCUCUCUGGUAGAUCACCAUCGUCGACUUCCUCGAUAAUCUGCCUUGGAUCAAAGCCCUCGUCGACCAGAAUCCCUCCGUCAAGCUCAUCUGUCAUGUUUCCUGCUCCUGCAUCUGCGCCGUUCUCGUUCUCCUCAAAGACAUGAAGUAGCAUGCACAGCAUCGACAUCAUGAUCAGGCCGCUCGUCCCGGUUUCGUCCCUCAGCAUCUUCGCUCUGCUUCUCUCGUUUCUUAUUCUCCUCGUCUUCGGAUUUGUAAACUACGGAAUGACAUUCAACCUCUCCAUGCUCAAACCGCUCUCCCUCGUCGAUCUCUGCGCCUCCAUUGGCGCUGCCUCCUUCUCGCUCGGAUACAACUUCUCGUUCCUCUCAUUCUACGUAGCCUCGCGCAUUCUUCUGAAAUAUAGAAACAAGUGAAGCCCUCGCUCAAGUUCAAAGCCAAACGCGCGCUCACACCCAUCCUAACCGUCAUUACUUCCUGUCUCCUCAUUCUCCCGCUUCUGGCGUUCUUUUCCUAUUCGAACUCGCCGAGUACGCAGUAUAGUCAUUCUAUUUCAAUUCCAGGCGGCAUUUUGUCCGACAUUUUGCUCUCCAUUCCCUCCACGAACCCUGCUGCGAUUGUCGUGUCCCUUAUGAUGUUCGUGAGCUGUCUAUUCACCUAUCCCAUCUACUCUCCGCCGCUGAACGAGAUUCUGGAGGAAACAAUUCGGAACAAGAAAACCGCGGGACUGUUCGUUGCUGAUUCCAGACGACUCAUCUACCGGCUUCUGCAGACGGCGAUGAUCUCGAUGAUCGCCUGGUUCUGUCCGUUCUUUGGUGAUAUUAUUUUCUUCGAUAUCCUUGGAUGAGAUGAGACUAGAUGAAAUGAGAUGGAGGGAUCCUUGACAUCACUGGGAGGCUUUGUUUUUACGGCCAUUUCGUCGGUAAUUCCGCCUGUGUUGAAUCUGUUGUGCUUCCACGACUCCCUCUCGACGAAGGCGAUUGUUCUCCAUGUGCUCGUUAUCGUCUUUUGCUUUGUCUUCAUGUGCAUUUCGACGUUCUUCUCCGCCUAUCAGCUAAUUAUCAAGAUGAUGAAAUAGAAGGAGGAAUUGUUUGUUACAAAAAGUGUGUCGAAAGAUGAUUGGCUGGAGAUUCCUCGUUUGAUGAUUUCUUUAAAAUUGAGAUGGAGACCGCACCUAAACAGGACACGUCCCCUAUUCAGCGUGUCGAGAGUUUUGAAAUCGAGAAGAAAGUUGCUAACAACGAGCUUGCCGUGGAGAAGAAGGAAGUGGUUGAUAUUACGAAGAAACCAGAAGAAAAUGUCCCUACUAUCACGUCUUCGAGCUACAUUUCGAUUAAGCAGUUCAAUGUUACCUUGAUUAAAAGUAUCACGGGCGCGGGUAUUCUUUGUUCCCCCUAUGCUUUUAAUCGAAUGGGUCUUAUUUGUACAGUCAUUGUCUAUGCUGUUUUGGCAGUCGCAAACGUGUGGUGUUCCACUCUUUUAAUUAGUGUUCAUUCCUACACUGCAAACAACCGAUCGAACUAUCCUCCCAAGAUGAUCGGAAAUGAUUACGCCUUUGUAAUGUAUCAUAUUCUUGGUCCCGUCGGCUAUUAUUCUUUCAUCGUUCUUUAUCUGCUAGCGAUCUGGGGCGUCCAAAUCGGCACAUUGAUCUCCAUCGUCGAUUUCAUCUGCAAGAUCGAAUGGCCGGGCGCCCUCUUCGCCGACGCCAGCAACAAGCGCAUCUUUUUCCACUUGCUGUCCUCGUUUGUGUGUCUGCUGCUGGUUCUUCUGAGCGACAUGAAUCCAAUCAUCGCCGUCGCGUCGCUCAGCAUCUUCGCUCUGGUCCUCUCCUUCGCCAUCCUCCUCGUCUACGGCUUCGUCCAAUACGGGAUCACCUUCUCUCUUUCCAUGCUGGCUCCCGCCUCCGUCCCGCUUCUCUUCUCCUCCGUCGGCGUUCCUUCCUUUUCGCUCGGCUACAACUUCUCCUUCCUCUCCUUCUACGUCGCUUUCCGGCUCGUCUUUCACGCUCUAGAAGCAGCUCGCGCCUUCCUCGAAGCCCAAAGCGCCGCGAAGCACGGGCUGGACGAUCGGGAUCACGACGUUCAUCAUGGUGCUGUGUCCGAUGCUGGCGCUGUUCGCGUACAGCGGCGUGGAGGGCGGCAUCCAGCAGAACAUUCUGCUGAUGAUCCCCGCGAAGUCGGUUCCCGCUGUGAUCGUGAACAUCAUGAUGUUCCUGAGCUGCUUGUUCACGUACCCGAUCUACACGCCGCCGCUGAAUGA